AUGGACAGAUUCAUUACAUUUGCUUAUGUUAGACCUAACAUGCUUGCUAAGUGCAGGUUUUGGGAGAAUUGUAGGACGUUCGCUAGCUCCAUUCAGGGCCCAUGGAUAGUGCUCGGCGAUCUGAACGACAUCGCGACGAGUGAGGAGCAGUGGGGGAGCUCUUCAAUUAACAAUAAUCUCCUCGAGAAAUUUGUGGAGUCCUAUAGCGCCUGUGGAUUCCUUGAUAUGGGGGCGUCGGGACCCAAGUUCACUUGGUACCGGUUUGCAGGAAAUAGAGUUACUCAGAUGCGCAGAUUAGACAGGGUCCUGUGGAAUAUCAACGCUCAGAUUGAAUUUCUGGAAGCCAAGGUGGUAAUCCUCCCCCGUGUCUGCUCGAAUCACAACCCAGUCUUGUUUAUUGAAAAAGCGGGGAGCCCCCCGAAUAGAGACAUCCGUCCUAGUAGGUUUGAAGCGGCUUGGCUCAUGAGGGAGGACUAUAAUCUAAUCUCGGAGGAAGCGGUUGAGAGGAGUAAUCGUCCAUUUGCAUAA